AUGCCCUCAACACAUAACGUAGACAAGCCGUGGGACACGGACGAUAUUGACAAGUGGAAGAUCGACGAGUUCAAGCCCGAAGACAACUUGGGCGGCACCUUCAGCGAAGAAUCCUCCUUCUCCGUUCUCUUCCCCAAAUACCGCGAAACAUACCUCAAGGCAUCAUGGCCGCUGAUUACUCGCUCGCUGGAAAAGAUUGGAAUCGCCUGUACGCUGGAUUUGGUCGAGGGUAGCAUGACCGUCAAGACGACACGAAAGACAUACGAUCCCGCUGCUGUACUCAAAGCUCGCGAUCUUAUUAAGCUAUUGUCGCGUAGUGUGCCUGCACCCCAAGCCGUCAAGAUUCUCCAGGACGACAUGGCUUGCGAUGUCAUCAAGAUCAGAGGUCUGGUACGCAACAAAGAGCGCUUCGUCAAGCGCAGACAACGCAUCCUCGGUCCCAACGGCAGCACCCUCAAAGCCCUGGAACUGUUGACAUCUUGCUAUAUCCUCGUGCAAGGAAACACCGUCUCCUGCAUGGGAAACUACAAAGGCCUCAAGGAAGUGCGUCGUGUAAUCAUGGACUGCAUGAACAACAUCCACCCCAUCUACCACAUCAAAGAACUCAUGAUCAAGCGCGAACUCGCCAAAGACCCCGAACUCGCAAACGAAAACUGGGAUCGCUUUUUGCCGCACUUCAAGAAGCGUAACCUGAGCAAGAGAAGGGUUCCCCACAUCGUCACCGACAAGUCCAAAAAGACAUACACACCUUUCCCUCCCGCUCAAGAAAAGAGCAAGGUCGACUUGCAGAUCGAGUCUGGAGAGUACUUCUUAUCCAAGCAAGCAAAGGAAAGACAAGAAAAGCAAAGGAGAGAAGAUGCCAUGCGCGAAAAGAUGGAGGAAAAGAGAUUGGCCAGACAACAAGAUUACAUUGCUCCCGACGAGCCUGGCGAGGAAAAGGCAGAGAAGAAAGAGAAGAAGGAAAAGAAGAAGAGAAAGCACAAGGACGAGGAUGGCGACGACGAGGUUUCGGAAAAGAAGAAGAAAAAGUCAAAGAAGCACAAGGAGGAGGUUGCCGAGGAGAGCGAGUGA